UCCCUGCGUCCUGUUUCCCGUCUUUCCUCAGGAACAGGCAGCAGUGAAAGGAGUGGAUGUCCCGUCCAGCAGCUCGGCUCAGACAUGGGGGAAGUCAUCCUGCCACGGCGCAUGUUCCUCUGGUGCAUGGCGGUCAUCUAUCUGGCUGCUUUUGUUUCCCUCUAUGUGCAGAUACCAGGUCUCUAUGGUAAUGAGGGGCUGUUACCUGCUCGCAGGCAGCUGCGAUACAGUGGUAAGCCUCUCUGGGAACAGCUGCUGUCCUCUCCCACACUACUGUGGCUGGGUCCCAGUCUCGGCUUGGACACACAAACCGCUAUGGAGCUACUGUGUCUUAUAGGGGCAGCACUGAGCCUCGCCGCCACGCUGGUGGAAGCUCUCCGAGACAGCGUGGUGUAUUUCUGCCUCUGGGCCUUGUACCUGUCCAUGUACCAGGUGGGCCAGGUUUUUCUCUACUUCCAGUGGGACAACUUGCUUCUAGAGACAGGGUUCCUCUGUAUCCUUGUUGCUCCACUGACAUUAAUCAGAGGGUCGCAAAGGGUCAGACAGCAUGAUGGCAUGACCUUCUGGCUUAUCCGCUGGUUGCUCUUCAGACUCAUGUUUGCCUCUGGUGUGGUGAAACUCACGUCGCGUUGUCCCACAUGGUGGGGCCUUACAGCUCUGACAUAUCACUACGAGACUCAGUGUAUCCCCACCUCGCUGGCCUGGUUUGCCCACCAGUUGCCAGUGUGGUGGCACAAACUAAGUGUGGUGGGGACGUUUGUUAUAGAGAUCGCAGUACCUCUCCUUUUCUUCAGCCCACUGCGCAGACUCAGGCUUGGGGCUUUUUACCUGCAGGUGUUGCUUCAAGUGCUCAUAAUUUUAUCUGGAAACUACAAUUUCUUCAACCUGUUGACCUUGACCCUCUGUACGUCUCUUCUGGAUGACCAGCAUGUACACUUCUGGCUACGCAAAGCAGACAAAAUCAGCAACAAUGACUCCAAGCUGUUUUCGUGGCUGUGUUACCUGCUGGAGCUGGCAGUCUGGGCUCUCUUGAUCUUCGGAUCAAUUGUAUGCUUUGACCUGCAGCUGGAUACAGCAAAGAACAGCAUCUCCACCAGGACAGCAUUCACAUACCACCAGUUUAAUCAGUUUCUGAAGACUGUCACUAUCCCCUCUAUCUGGAUCGGUGUCCUCUCUCUCACAUGGGAAAUAGUCACAGCCAUGUUCAGGUGUGCGUGUGUCUCUGGUUUCCUGAAGAGGUUCUAUGUAUCUGUCCAGUGGACGGUGUUUGCUGCUGCCACCGCUGCUAUGUUCACUAUUAGUCUGGUGCCAUUUACCUACAUAGAGUUUGACUCUCAUGCCAGUUUGUGGCCCGGAGUACUUAAGGCCCAUGAGAUGGUGGAUCGCUACCAGCUGGUCAACUCAUAUGGCCUGUUCAGAAGGAUGACCGGGGUCAGUGGGCGGCCAGAGGUUGUCAUUGAGGGAAGCAACAAUGGAGUUGAGUGGACGGAGAUUGAGUUUAUGUAUAAGCCAGGCAACCUAAGUGCACCGCCGCCUGUGUUGAUGCCUCACCAGCCCAGGUUGGACUGGCAAAUGUGGUUUGCUGCCCUCGGGGCUCAUACACAGGCUCCGUGGUUCACUAGCCUCAUGUACAGACUGCUGCAGGGCAAAAGAGAUGUUAUAGAGUUGAUCCAGACAGAUGUAUCUCAGUAUCCGUUCCACCAGCAGCCGCCUGCCUACCUCAGAGCCCACCGCUACAGAUACUGGUUUACUGAACCGAAGGCUGACGGUUCUUACCCACAGCGUUGGUGGAGGAGGGUCUAUGAUGAGGAAUUCUAUCCCACAGUGCACCUGGGCAACACCUUCUUGGAGAGCAUGCUCAACCAAUAUGGACUCAAGGACAAAUCUGCACCCCAUCGUAUGCCCAACACCACUGUUGCCCAGGCGGUGAGGUGGGUACGCUCUCGGGUCAGAGGGGUUCCUGCCCACAUCCUAAUCUGGACCCUGAUUGUCUGCAGCACCGCCUUCUGUCUGCUCCAGCGAUUGCAAAACAGGAAAAAACGCACAACUGUGUGCGAUAAUACAGAAAAUCCACUCGACUGCUCUUCAGACCAUUUUGGGAAGUCGAAUGAACAGCAGGCUGUGGAGGAGGAAGAUGAAGAGGACAUGGAAGAUGAGGUGGAAGAGGUUGAAGAAGGGGAGAAAGACAAAGAGGAAGAGGAGGAAGACCCGAAUGAAAAAGAUGAGAUUCCCCGAAAGAGAUAGUUUUGAAAAAGAUGCACAUAGUCCCGUAGUAGACUGUUAAUCACCACCUGCCUUCAUAAAAUGUUACUACAUUGACCAAAGAAGUCUCUGUAUAUUUGUAUUUUCUGAUCAGCCAAUUAUAGGUUUAUCUGCCUUCUCACACCUACACCUUACUGCAGUAUAUUGUUCAUAUAUCAGCUACAACAGAUACCAAUUAGUCCAUUCAGCACAUCUUGCCAGGUGUUUAUAGAUUUUUAAACCUUCCUGGUUGAUUCUGACUUAUGUUGAGUAUCAAGUCAGCAGAUCAAAUCAUGUUUAUUAGAGAGAAAUAUAGAACUUAAAAUAUUACGGGUUUUGUUUUGCCCAUCAAGAGAGUAAAUGUGUGUUGUUCUUGUCACUCUGUCUCCUGUUUUUGGUGUGCAGUGUUGCACUUGUAUGUAAAUACAGGUGUGCAUGUUUUCUUAAGGUAUUUUAUUUCUGUCACUGUGGUCUCUUGCUGUAUGUACAGAACUAAAACUCUGCACUUUUUCUCCUUUUUUCCACAAAUGUGUCUUUUGAAUCUGUCAGUAUUAGAAAUGAAACAUCAUACACAUUGGUGUAGUGCUUUUAAAAUGUUUUCUUAUGACA